UGAACAUCGGCGUAUAGCUUGAGAGUAUUUUUGUCAUCGCCGGUGAGAGCUAAACCGAUUAUGCGGCGGUUAAGAUUAACCAAAGUAGCUAGUUGAGGGUUCGUCUAUGGCUUACAAACUCUCUCUUAAGCAAAGAAAGGUCAAGACUUUAUAAGCAGAGACGAGGAAAGGAGAAGACUUUAAGAGACCCAAACGACACCGUUUAGAGUGAGAGAAACAGAGAAAUGCGUAGAUUCUCAACUAUACUCGAUCUUUGCCUCAGCAAACGCCGUCUUCUCUUACCAUCUUCUCAUGCAAAUUCUCGAAUUGAUCUAAUCUCCAAAAGGUUUCACAUUUCCAGAGUUCUCAGACAUGACUCCAUGGAGCCAACGGAGAGAAUCAAUGGGUCUGCGUUUGUUUCUCCAAAGAAUAACCAAUACGAGGAUGAACUCCCCGGUGACGUGGAGAAAAUCUACAAAAUAUUACGAAACUACCAUUCUAGGGUUCCGAAGUUGGAGCUUGCUCUCAACGAAUCAAACAUCGAUCUUCAACCCAAACUAAUCGUCCAAGUACUGAACCGUUGCGGCGACGCUGGGAAUCUAGGUUACAGAUUCUUCCUCUGGGCAUCGAAGCAACCUAACUAUCACCACAGCUACGAAGUCUGCAAAUCGAUGGUGAAGAUUCUCAGUAAAAUGCGUCAAUUCGGAGCUGUCUGGGCCUUACUCGACGAGAUGAAGAACGAGAAUCCGUCCUUGAUCGAUCCAGAGCUUUUCGUUGUGUUGAUGCGGAGGUUCGCUUCUGCUAACAUGGCGAAGAAAGCAGUCGAGGUGCUCGACGAAAUGCCUAAGUACGGGAUUCACCCUGAUGAGUUUGUUUUCGGAAGUUUGUUAGAUGCGUUAUGUAAGAACGGUAGUGUUAAGGAAGGUUCGAAGCUUUUGGAGGAUAUGAGAGAGAGGUUUCCUCCGAAUUUACGGUUAUUCACUUCGUUGUUGUAUGGUUGGUGUAGGGAAGGGAAGUUGAUUGAAGCUAAAAAUGUUUUGGUUCAGAUGAAGGAAGCAGGGAUUGAGCCUGACGUUGUUGUGUUCACUAACUUGCUUAGUGGUUAUGCUCACGCUGGUAAAAUGGCUGAUGCGUAUGAUCUUAUGAAGGAUAUGAGGAAGAGAGGGUUGGAGUUGAAUGCGAACUGUUACACGGUUUUGAUACAGGCGUUGUGUAAGAUGGAGAAGAGGAUGGAUGAGGCGAUGAGGGUUUUUGUUGAGAUGGAGAGGUAUGGAUGUGAGGCGGAUAUUGUGACUUACACCGCGUUGAUUAGUGGGUUUUGUAAGUGGGGGAUGAUUGAUAAGGGUUAUAGUGUUUUAGAUGAGAUGAGGAAGAAAGGAAUUGUGCCGUCUCAGGUGACGUAUAUGCAGAUAAUGGUGGCUCAUGAGAAGAAGGAACAGUUUGAGGAGUGUUUGGAGUUGAUUGAGAAGAUGAAGGAGAGAGGUUGUCAUCCAGAUCUUUUGAUUUACAAUGUGGUGAUUAGAUUGGCGUGUAAGUUGGGAGAAGUGAAAGAAGCGGUUAGGUUAUGGAAUGAAAUGGAAGCUACUAAUGGUUUAAGCCCUGGAGCUGAUACCUUUGUUAUUAUGAUCAAUGGAUUUACAAGCCAAGGUUAUCUAGUUGAAGCAUGCGAUCACUUUAAAGAAAUGGUAAGCCGGGGGAUAUUCUCUGCGCCGCAAUAUGGAACGUUGAAGACGUUACUGAACACUCUUGUUAGAGAUGAUAAGGUGGAAAUGGCGAAAGAUGUUUGGAGUUGCAUAUCGAACAAAAGCUCUACUUGUGAGCUGAAUGUAGCAGCUUGGACAAUAUGGAUCCAUGCUUUGUUGGCGAGAGGUCACGUGAAGGAGGCGUGUUCGUAUUGUUUGGAAAUGAUGGAGAUGGACUUGAUGCCGCAGCCUGAUACUUAUGUGAAGCUCAUGAAAGGGUUGAAUAAACUGUACAAUAGGACGAUUGCGGCAGAGAUAACAGAGAAGGUUAUGAAGAUGGCAAGUGAGAGGAAUAUGAGUUUUAAGAUGUAUAAGAGGAAAGGUGAGGAGGAUUUGAUAGAGAAAGCUAAACCUAAAGGGAGUAAAGAAGGGAGGAAGAAAGGAACAGGUGAUCGUAAUACUAAUAAACAUAAGUGGGGAGGUGAACAAAGUAGAGCUAGAAUAUUUUGACAUUAUUAUUACCUCAAGUUUUCAAACGCUGUUCACGUUUUUGCUCUGUUUCAUUACAUUACCUUUUGAUUUUCUUCUUGUUUUGGUCUCUUUGCUAAGAUAUAAAGUU